ACAUUCGAUCGCUCCGCCAUGGGGAAUACACCCAGCUCCACCAGGGAGUCACGAACGACAUCCUCACGAACGCGCUCUGGAACUACCAACAAUGGGACCUCUAACACUGGCUCCAACGAGAACUCCAUGUACAAUGUGCGCAGUGAUCGUGGCAGCAGACAGAACCUGUCCUUCCUUCAUCUAGGAUCCAGCAGUAGAGGAGAUCAAUCACGCACUGAGGAGCCCCGUNCGCGAGACCAAGCAAGAAGAGAAGCACGCAAGCGUGAAAAGGAACGUGUAGCUCGAGACAAUGAACGUGAACGGAGUAUGAAGGAGGAAGGUGUCGAUGGUGGCUAUCUCGUCACGUUGGGCACAUAUGUUGGCCCUGAGGACUUCAACAAGACGGUCGUGCGCCAGCUCAUGGGUCUCAACGACCAUUCGGACUCGUGGACCGAGAACCAGCUCGUAGCUGUAGCACGAGGACUACCUCUCCCCGCCGCAGAUGACCCUCCGCUCCCUGACCCUGAAACAACCACCGGCAGCGAUGUAGACUCUCUCACCAUCCCUAUCUCGUCUCGCUCCCAGUCGUAUCAAUCCGAUCACAUCUCUCCUCAAAGCUCUACUUUCCCUCGCCCAGGUGGUUCAUCUCUCCCUUCAGCCUCGGGAUCUCGAAGCCUCUUCCGCGAUCGCGCAAAGACGCUCGCAUCUCUGGGCACCUCGAACAAGAACAACAAUGCUUCGUCUACUUCAAUCGCCCCUCAAGAGAUCCGCUUGCCACGAGACCCACGAGUUAACGGCUCUCCUCUUGAGGCUGUUCUGUACAAAGAUGCUUCAGAGUGUCCCAUCUGUUUCAUGUAUUACCCUCCGUACCUCAACAAGACCCGCUGCUGCGAUCAGCCCAUCUGCUCCGAAUGCUUCGUACAGAUCAAACGUCCUGACCCGCACCCCCCGGAGCACCACGAUGACGAAGGAAAUCCUACGACUGACGAAGAAGGAUUACUGGUCUCAGAGCCCGCCGCAUGUCCUUUCUGUGUGACACCUGAAUUCGGUGUCAGCUACCAACCUCCAUCUUUCCGUAGAGGCCUAGUAUACUCAGGCCCAGUGAGCAGCCCAGCUCCGACCAGUGCCCCAUCACCAGAUGCCUCAUCCCUCUCUCUGGCCGCCCCGUCUGGCAGAAGACGUACGACCUCUCUAUCAGCAUCCGCCCCCACUGUUAUUACCACCGAUCGAGUAAGACCAGACUGGGCAAAGAAGCUAGCUGAUGCUAGAGCACAUGCUCUGCGACGAUCCGCUGCUGCCACUGCUUUGCAUAACGCUGCGUACAUGCUCGGCAAUCAACCGCCGUCAGACUCGCGCUCAUUCGGUGGUCUCGGUCGCCGUCGUCGUACGCUUCUGGCAGAUACUUCUGCUAGUGCAAGUGGAUCAGGUACUCCAAGAGCUGACAAUGGCCAGGUAGGCAGUCUGUCUGAAUUGAUCGCCCACAUAGAAGGUCAGGGAUCAAGCACAGAGCCUCGGCCGUCAGGUAGAAGAAGUCGUGCCCACGAUCUGGAAGAUUUGAUGAUGAUGGAGGCGAUUCGACUAUCACUGGCUUCAGAAGAGGGCCGUAAGAGGAAGGAGGAGAAGGAAGUGAGGAAGGAAGCAAAGAAACGAGAAAAGGAAGCUGCCAAGGAGGCGAAGAAAGCCGAGAAGGCCGCAAAGAAGAGCGGAAGUCUUUACAGUGCCAGUAUGAAUGGCAGUACAGCCACCUGGUCUGAUAUGACUCGGUCCACGAGUAACAUUCCGCGACCGCAGACUGCUCUCUCAACAGCUUCAUCGCCGCCAACAGCCGCGCCUCCAGUUAUUGGAAAAGGCAAAGCACCUGCUACCACCGCCUAUGGCUUUAACCCACUCAGCGAACCCACAUCAACCCUAAACACAGAGGUUGCUGAGCAGACAGCUGAUUCUCAGAGACAUCUCGAGGAAUCGAGAGCCAACCUACCUCAAACAACGCAGCCCAUCUCGUUCCCAGAAGCACUUCAGAAUCGCUCUCACCUUCGCCAUAUCUCGAACGCUUCGUCAGCAGCAUCUUCGAUGUUAGACUCUGCACCCGGAAGCUAUCAACAACGGAUGAUGAGUCACCAAACAUCUCCCAAUGCCAGUGCAACAGUACUAGACGAUGGCACCGGUACACCUGAUACACAAUCCGGCACACCUAGCAAUGAUGUGAACACGGAAUCCAUGUUCAACUUCAACAGCUUGAGUGAGAUGAUCCGCAAUGAUGAUAAGGAACGAGAUGCAGAUCACGUCGAGUUCUUUGAGCAAAAGCCAGAACAAGAGCGUAAAACUUCAGUUGCAUCAAAUUCCAAAGGCGACGGUUCUUCUGGGCUUUCACCGUUGGAUGAAGAUGAGAGAGAGACGGCGAAACAUGGCGAUGCUGUGCAAGUGAAUGGAGAGUCGACGUCAAAGAUGCAGCAAAGCGAGACAAAGCACGCAGGCGAUGUCAAUGUCUUGCACACAUCAGGAACAUCGGCCAACUAG